AUUGUAUCAACAUGGUAUGUAAUAAUAUCAUCUAGAUAUGAAGGCAUCCAAGCUCAUCCAUUAUGCAAUGUUGCAUUGGACAUGAAUGAGAACACAACCCCUAAAAGAAUUGUCAUCUGUAUCCAACCAGCCAGAAAAAAAAGGGAGACACAUGAACCAAUGCACCUCAUGCAAUUCAAUCUUGCUUAUAGUCUCUCUCUUUUUCUCUUGCAUACAUGCACAACUCAUUGAUUUGCAUAUGCGCGCUGAAAGAAAAGGACGUGUCAUUUCGUUUGAUAGCUAUAUUGUCAUAAUGGGAUUAGCAUGCGAUGUUUUCAUAUACAAACAACAUCAAUAUGAGUACACUAGUUGCUGACAUUCUUUCUUUUAUUAGGCCGACGCUACUGUCACUAUCAGAACUCGCAAGUUCCUCACCAACCGCUUGCUUCAACGUAAGCAAAUGGUCGUCGAUGUCAUCCAUCCCGGUCUUGCCAACGUCUCCAAGGAUGAACUCCGUUCCAAGAUUGGUAAGAUGUACAAGGCUGACAAGGAAGUUGUUUCUGUCUUUGGUUUCAAGACUCACUUUGGUGGUGGAAAGACCACUGGUUUCGCUUUGAUCUACGAUAACGUCGAAGCUUUGAAGAAAUUCGAACCCAAGCACCGUCUUGUCCGUAUUGGUCUUGCUGAAGCUCCCAAGGGUGGUCGUAAGCAACGUAAGGAAAAGAAGAACCGUGAAAAGAAGUUCCGUGGUGUCAGAAAGUCCAAGAAGCCCAGAAAGGAAUAAAUUG